AUGGCAUCUCACAAGGCAUUCCGCCCAAGCAAUCUUGAUGGUGACCAAACAAAAGAAGAUGAGAGCUUCGUCUACGCCGGCCAACUGGCAAACUCACUUGUGCUGCCCAUGGCACUGCAAACGGCCUCAAGCUUUUUCCAUAAUAUAUCUAGUGAAACUAACCGCCUAUUUUUAGGAUCUCUAAUAAAAUCCGAGGAAAAACAUCAUUUCGGGCCCAAGACGGCCAAUUGCAGAAGGUCCCAGCUAAAAGAUGCAAUUCUUGAGGGAGGAAUUCCAUUCGAUAGGGUUCAUGGCACGAGUGCCUUCGAGUAUCUUGGAAUGGACCCCAGGUUUAAUAAGGUUUUUAACACAGCUAUGCACAAUCACACUACAAUGCUUUUUAAGAAGAUCCUUGAGUCCUACAAGGGCUUCGAGCCACUCAAGCAAUUGGAUCAAGGCGUGGAACAUGUAGGAGGAGAUAUGUUCAAAAGCGUUCCUAAAGGAGAUGCAAUCUUCAUGAAGGGGAUACUUCAUGAUUGGGGUGAUGAACAGUGCUUGAAACUUCUGAAAAAUUGCUCUACAUCCAUUCCAAAUGAUGGGAAGGUAAUCAUUGUGGAGGCAUUUCUUCCAAUGAUGCCCGAGGUUUGCACUUGUAUGAAGCGCAACUCUCAACUUGAUGUGCUUAUGAUGGCUCAACACCCAGGAGGGAAGGAAAGGACGCAGCAAGAAUUUGAGGCCUUGGCAACCAAAGCUGGAUUUAAAGGCAUCAAAUAUGAAUGCCUUGUUUAUAGUUUCCAAGUCAUGGAGUUUUUUAAAUAGAUUGCUUGCUUGUAAAAUUUAUAAUUGUAUUUGUUGUGGACAUGUUUUGUACUCCUGCU